AACGACUACGUCAGUUGGCUUUUUAGUCCCCUUCAUUUAAACUCUCCUGUUUAGUUCUUUUGGUCCCCUCUCUGUUUCUCGAAGCUUUGUUUUUCUUUCUCUUCAACAUCACAAACCAUGAAGAGAUAUCGCGAACUCAUGCUCUUGCCGCUAUUUCUGCUGCGAAUCAUGAUGAAUCCGUAAACAGUGAAUUUUAAUUUCUCAUAAAUAUUUUAUUCAUUCCCUUUUCUACAUAAAUUGUUUAUUCCUUUGUGUUACGAAUGGUUUUCAAGCAUGUGCCUCAAAAUAAUCAUGGAAAUGGAUAACCCUACCAAGAUCUAAUGAUCAAGCAAUCAAUAUAUUGAUCCAACGUCAGCAAAAAUCAUGAAGAAUAAAGUGAUUUGUGUUCUUAAGCUUCCACCAAGUGUUGUGAAUCUUUACUCGCUUUUAUUGUGCUCCAUCUUAGUCCUUGGACAACUGAACCAUGUAAAUGGAGAUUCCUCACCCGUGGGCAUUUGUGCAAUGCCCGGAUGUAAUUGUACCAUCGUUGCUCACCAUUGGAUUAACGUCAAGUGUAUCUUCUCAGACUAUCAGGAUGUCGAACUUCAUGAAGGAAUAAUUCCAGCUGACGCUUCAGAAGUUUCUGUCUCCCGCUGUCGUGAACUGAGGAUCCACUCAGGCGCUUUUACAGGCGGAGCUCAACUAAAAAGAGUUCACGUGACAGGAAUUCGCAGUGUAGUCGCGAAAACGCAAGCUUUUCAUAAUAUCAGUGCUCCAAACCCACUUUUAGAAGUAUCGGAAUGUAAUCGAGUCGUCUUGGAGUCACAAGCAUUCAAAAAUGCAAGAGGAACUCUCUCAGUUUCCAUUUCAAGGUGUAAACAUGUUGAUAUCAAAUCCAACGCAUUCUCCCGACUUCUUAAGUUUUCUAUUCGUGAAGUGCCGACUUUAGAACUCUCCAGUAAUGCUUUUCAAUUUGAUGCACCUCCAUCUGGACGACAUGGACCAGCAACAAAGAUCGAGUUCCAGAGUGUUAAAAUAAUGGAGUUGCCCAGUUCAGUAUUUCCCUCAGCUGCUGACGAGAUCCGAUUAGAUGACGUUUGGACAAAAGUAAUACGCAAAGAUGCAUUUUGUGCUAUUAUGAUUCACACUGUUAAAAUCAGCAAUGCAUCAAUUCUCGAAAUUGAGUCUGGAGCAUUCAGGCAUGCAACUCUCAUCACUAAUUUCGAGCUUGUUGACGUGAGAUUAAAAACUAUUAAAAGUGGAGCUUUCCAAGCUGGAUUUAAUAAUUUUACCAUUCAGUAUUCUCGAAUCAAUGAAAUGGAAACGAAUGCGAUUGAAAUAUCAGCAGCAACAGUUGCCUUCAAUAAUAACGAGUUUCACAGUCUUAAGAAAAAUUCAAUAAUAUUGAAAGAAUGGAGUGAAAUUACUAUUGAUUAUAAUUCUUUCGUAAGUCUUGAAGAAGACGCCAUUGUUGCAGAAGAAGUCGCUCAAACAACAUCGAAUCUUCGAUUUUCAUUCAGAGGAAAUAGCAUAAAACAUGCAGAAAAAGGAUCUCUUAGAUUCGCAUCAGUUAGUGAAAAUCCAAACAUAAAAGUAGCUCGUGUUGGCAGCAAUUAUUUUGAAAAAAACUGUGACUGUCUGAUGGAAGAUUGGAUGCGAGAAAUCACCGGAAAGAAUUCUUCAGCAUCUUGGAUGAUGAAAUCUAGCUACUGCAUUGCUGGAGAAUGGUUGGAAAAAUGUUUAAAAGCUCCACAAGGCUAUUUAGAGAUUCGAAACUUUACCAACACAAUUUGCAAUGACAAUGAUGAAGUAACGUGCAAAGAACCAUCAGAUAAGCCAACGUCAAGUGUCAGUCCUCCGAGUGUUGGACCCCACAUUUAUCCAAGAAAGAAUAGUUUCUUCGAUGCAGAAAUGGGUGAUGCAGAUCAAGAAAGGGAAAAAAGAUAUUUCGUUAUUUUUUGUGUCGCUGCAGUUUUUGUUAUCAUCACAGUUAUCAUUGCAUCUGGAGUGCUAUAUAUGCGAAGACGUGGUGUUUGUCCUAAAUUAUCGUCAAGUCACUUGAUGAAUUUCACCAGCUCUUGGCUGUCUCCAACCAGUGGAAUGACAGCUGCCACUUCUGCGAGAUCUAUUUCAAGGUUAAGCGUAAAUGAGUAUGCAGGUUUAAGACCAGAGACACGAAUUUUAGAUGUUGAAGGCGAAACGACGUCUCAAGAUGAGUUGGAAGCUGAUGGAUUUGCUUAUACUGAGAAUAAAGCAACGCAAACUUUGCCAGAAGAGCUAACUGAGGAUUACCUGAGAGAGCUGAGAGAGAAAUUGAAUGAUCCUGAUAACUACAGCCAAGCAAGAGACAUGAUCGAACAUCUUUAUGACUUAAUUAAAGUUGAAGAGAGUUGUAACAAUAAUAAUAAUAAUGAAAGAAGACUUUCUUUCCAAGAAGAAAAUACUUAUGAUGUUAUUGCUCCAAGAACAAAAAGAACACAGACUGCCAAACCGUCCGUUAGUAUGGGAACUAAAGUUCCUUCAUUGGAGAAGCUGUUACCAAAAAGUAGGAUUAUUAGACCUGCUAUUGCAGAAUAUACUGAGCCAAGAGAUCAAAGAACUAGUGAUCAAAACCAUCUGUAUGCUGAAUUACCUGGAGAUGAAACAGUUCCUAGCACAAGUCGACUUUCUCAACCAAUUCUGGCAGCUUCAGCCGGACGAGCACCUCAACCUCUUCCACCAGAUGUUGUUAAUGAUCAUCUUAUUAGUGAGAAACGAGAGAGAAAGUAUCCAGAUGAUGUACAACCUUACCAAGAGACUCCACUGUUCGAUGGAGCUGGUCAUAAAAAGUCUAAUUCAUUUUGUAAAGGUCUUGGAGAAAAUAUUUUAGGGAAGAUGAAUAAACAACACGUUGAUUUAUUAUUUUGUGAAUAUGCUGAUCCAACUGAUGCCACUACCCAUCUCUAUUCCGAGCUUCCAGAGCCAGCAGCCUCAUCAACACCAGCUAAAAUGGCAAAUCGACCUCUUCCGAUUAAACCAGACCAGGAAAAUAUUAUUAAUUGGGCUAGGACAUGAAAUGUCAGUUCAUCAUAUCCGUGCCAAGCUUGCCUGUGAUAAAAUGUGUUUAUCUUGAAAUUCACAAUUAUUAUCAAUACAGUUUUUUAUGUGUAAAAAUGAUCAACUUUUUUAGUGAAAAUAUUUUUAUAAAUGACUCAUGCAUUUGGAAGAUACUUUUAAAGAGAAGUGAGACGUGUGAUUGAUUAGAUAAAGAGCAUCAAAAGGACUCGAUAAAUGAUGUGUCGAGUGUUUAAUUUAUACAUAGAAUAAAAUUGAAAAGAUUUUUUUAAUGAACAAUUGUAAAUUUCAUCAGAUUGUGUGAGUGUAGUUAUUUCAAUCGCUCGAUGAUAUCGAAGUCAAGCUUUUGAACUAUAUUUUUCACGAACGAAAUGAUAUAAAUUUUAUAAUAAAUAUGUAUAUAUAUAUAUAUAUUUGCUUCGUGAGACAUAAAAGCGUUAUGAUCGAAGAA